AUUAAAUUUUGGAGAAGGAUAAAUACACCAGCAUGGAAAAUACCAUUUAUGGAACGGUAUCGUUGUUGUUGUUUCAUUAUGUCGUUGUACAAGGUUGUCCUCGAGCGUGUAGCUGCAACGAAACUAUUGUAACAUGCCGCAAUGACGAAGAGCUGCGAUACAUACCAAAACUACCAGAUGACGCUACAGGUCUAAUAUUUUCUGGAAAUUAUCUUCCAUUCAUUGAACGACAUACAAUGUCAAAUUUGACAAGGUUAAAACUAACUGUUCUUGUUUUACGGUACAAUCAUAUUCGAAAUAUCUCAAAAGAUGCCCUUUCUGAGCUGAAAUUUUUGGAAAAAAUAGAUCUGACCGGAAACAAAAACCUUACAAUACACCAAGUAGCUGACACAUUAAGGGGAAUACACUCUGCGUAUCUUCAUACUGUUAUAAUAAAUUCUUUUUAUUGGCGCAAAGAUCUGUCAAUUAUAUACCAGGCCGUAUCGGUACCUCAAUUCAAAAUAAAAACACUGAUAUCUGAAGGUAAUACAUUAAAUAUAUUGAAUUUUACUUCACUUAAUCGCCAUCUUCCAAAAUUGGAACAUUUAAGCGUGAAGUUCAAUAGUAUACAAAUAUUUAUUACGGAUCAUGCUUUGUCUCUAAAAAGACUUUAUUUAGAUUACAACUACAUCGAAUUGAAAGAAAAUAUGUUCGGAACACCUAAUGAUUGUUUCUUUCCGAACCUUGAAAUUUUACAAAUGAAAUCUAACUUUCUUAUAUAUUUUGAAAAUCGUUUCUCAUGCCUUGACAAUGUUCAUACGCUCAAAAUAGGUAGGAAUCCGGUGAAGCGUAUCCUCAACAACACCUUUUAUAACUUGACUUCAUUGAGGACAUUAAGUAUAAGUAAUACUGGUGGUCGUUUAUAUAAGAUUGAAAGCUUGGCAUUCAGAAGUGAUACUAUACAAAGCUUAAAUUUUUCUGCAAACUAUUUUCCUUUCAUUUCCGAAAGUGCGGAACGUUUUUACUUCAAUCCGGAUGAAAUUUUGAAUCAUUUACCCAAUUUAGAAGUUUUGGAUUUAAGUGAGAACAAGUUCAAUGUGACCAAUAAUGUACUGUUCAGAAUGCUGAUUCCUUUGAAAAAUCUUCAACAUUUAACUAUAAGACAUUGUGCAUUGACCACAAUACCGAAGAACCUGAUUUUCAGACUUGAGAAAUUAAGAUACCUUGACCUGUCACAAAAUCAUAUUAAGACGUGGAAAGGUAAAACAGUGUUCAAGAAUGUGUCAUCCAUCGAAAUUCUUAGACUGGAUAUGAACUACAUCACUGUAUUCAAAGAAUCGUUAUUUCCAGCAGUCUUUAGGAGGAAUCUGAGAAGUAUAUAUCUAGCUAACAAUCCCUUUUCAUGCACCUGCAAACUACUUUGGCUACGGAAGUGGAUAGAGGACAAGUCAGAGAUAUUUAAGCAAUACCCAGAGCAUUAUAUAUGUAGCACACCUAUCGAGCUACAUGGUUCAUUGUUAAAAAGCUACUUUCCGUCUGACAGAGAAUGUGAAAGUAUAAAUGAACUUCUGAUAGCAUUUACAGUGUUAUCAACAAUUGGCAUUUUCGUGGUCAUGCUUGCAAGUUUGGUCUAUAAAGGUCGAUGGCACAUACGUCAUGCAAUAUACCUCUUUCAUAUACGACAAAAAGGCUACGAAGGCAUGGAUGAUGUGUCAAAUUUCUUAUAUUCGGGAUUUGUCGUUUAUUGCGAUGAAGACAGAGAAUGGGUAAAGGACAAAUUUAUCAAAAUGGUCGAAAUAAACGACCGGAAACUGUGUAUUCAUCAUCGCGAUUUUGUUGGAGGAAAAUUAAUCAUCGACAAUAUCGCAAACGGAAUUGCCCGAAGUAAAAAGGUUAUACUUAUUCUGUCACGAGCAAUGAUAAAAAGUGAUUGGUGUUUAUUUGAAAUGCGUCUUGCCCAUAAAAAGUUUAUAAAGCGUGCAGACUCACUUUUAAUUAUAAUGUUAGAGACCGUGUCACCUGAUGAUAUGCCAAAGUCUUUGCAUACUCUUUUAACAAUAUCAACAUAUAUACGAUGGUCAAGCGAUUUGGUAGCAGAGGAGGAGUUUUGGAAGAAAGUUCGGAGAGCAAUUAAAUAAUUUUUCUUUGUUAAGUCUUUCCACCUAUUGAUGAAAGACCUUUCGAUAAAAAAACUGUUCGGAAUAAAAAAAAACAUCACUUUUAGUUUUUGUUUCGAUAGAAAUCGAUAAGAUAUUUGAUAUAAUGUGAUAUCGACAGCUAUUACGCUUUUGAAUUUAUCAUCCUUUCCUCCACUUUUUGUAAGAAUUAUCUCACCAAACACUGUUGACAUGUUAUUGUAACUCUUUCAACAAACUUAAUUUUCAAUUGUACGUUACAGCCUUAGGGUGCAUCGGUAAAUUUUACCAAAGCGAUACGGUGACAUAUUAAGAUGGUGUUAUUUCCCCAAAGUUAUUUCAUAUGUGACUACUACGGUUCUUGAAUUGUUAAAAAUUCCCUAUAAAACGUGUAUGGUGUAUGGUGAUAUUAUAUAGGAAUGGUGCAUGAUGUAUGUGAUGUCAAGAACGGUGUAUGGUGAUAUUAGGAAUGGUGCAUGAUGUAUGUGAUAUUAAGAAUGGUGUAUGGUGAUUAAAGGAAUGGUGCAUGAUGUAUGUGAUAUAAAGAAUGGUGUAUGGUGAUAAUAGGAAUGGUGCAUGCGGUUUGUGAUAUUAGGAAUGGUGCAUGAUGUAUGUGAUAUUAAGAACGGUGCAUGAUGUAUGUGGUAUUAGGAAUAGUGUAUGGUGAUAUUAGGAAUGGUGCAUGAUGGAUGUGAUAUUAAGAAUGGUGUAUGGUGAUAAUAGGAAUGGUGCAUGAUGUAUGUGAUAUAAGGAACGGUGUAUGGUGAUAAUAGGAAUGGUGUAUGAUGUAUGUGAUAUUAGGAAUAGUGUAUGGUGAUAAUAAGAAUAGCGCAUGAUGUAUGUGAUAUUGAAAAUGAUGUAUGGUGAUAAUAGGAAUGGUGCAUGAUGUAUGAGAUAUUAAGAAGGGUGUAUGGUGAUAAUAAAAAUGGUGCAUGAUGUAUGUGAUAUAAGGAAUGGUGUAUGGUGAUAAUAGGAAUGGUGUAUGGUGAUAUUAGCUAUAUAUAUAUAGGAAUGGUGUAUGGUGAUAUUAGGAAUGGUGUAUGAUAUAUGGUGAUAUUAAGCACCAUGGAGGUUACUUUUGCUAAACGUGUUAAUGCAAAUAUAAAUAAGAAGAUGUCGUAUGAGUGUCAAUAAGACAACUCUCCAUCCAAGUCACAAUGUAUAAAGAGUUAACAAUUACAGGUCAAAGUACGGCCUUCAACACAAAGCCUUGGCUCACAUCGAGCAGCAAGCUAUAAAGGGCCCCAAAAUGACUAGUGUAAAACAAUUCAAACACCCAGGAAAGUCUGAUUUCAUAUGCGUACCGUCAUUAUUUUACUCUCAACUGAUGAAAUAAGACACUUCAUGAUGGUGCCUGUGGAAUUUUUAUAGUUAUGUAAUGAUAAUAGUUUAGACAUAGCAUAACACCAAAAUCAUUUGCUCAUUGAUAAUAAAAUACAAAAAAUGUUUGAAUUUUAGCUGUAAUGUCAUGUUUUUGAGCGCUAACAUCCUGGUUUUAUAACAUCUCUCAUUUAAUGGAUCCUUUAGGUAAAAUUUAUAUAUCUUCAUACGUGUAAAAACCUGGUCUGAUUCUUUCAAAAGUAUCCUAUCAUACAUUGACAUACUAAUGUAUAGAGGAAAGAAUUAAAAAAAGAUAACAUCAAAGUCAUUGUAGUUUUACAGCUCCUAACAAUCGACAACAUAUUUUAAAAUAAGAUGAAGUGCUAUUAAUCAAAUAUAUCAAUUUAAUAGUUGGCGAGGAGAAUGACUUCCUUCAUAAUUUCCUAAGUCUGUUUUUCAGUGAAAACUACUAUCUGUCCGACCAACAAGAAGAUUUGUAAAAUUUUCCACUAAAAAAAAGGAGUGUAUUUAUGUGUUUCGAUAUUUUAUAAAAAGAAAAAAAUUACAGGUUUUGGCAAUUUGCUUGCUUUGUUAAUUAAACUGAACAAACAUG